GGCCCGGCCGGGGGGCGGCGGCGGCGGCGGCGGGGGCGGCCGGGGCGGCCGGGGCCGGGACGAUGACCCUGGAGUCCAUGAUGGCGUGUUGCCUGAGCGACGAGGUGAAGGAGUCCAAGCGCAUCAACGCCGAGAUCGAGAAGCAGCUGCGGCGGGACAAGCGCGACGCCCGGCGCGAGCUCAAGCUGCUGCUGCUGGGCACGGGCGAGAGCGGGAAGAGCACCUUCAUCAAGCAGAUGCGCAUCAUCCACGGUGCCGGCUACUCGGAAGAAGACAAGCGCGGCUUCACCAAGCUGGUCUACCAGAACAUCUUCACGGCCAUGCAGGCCAUGAUCCGUGCCAUGGACACGCUCAAGAUCCUCUACAAGGACGAGCAGAACAAGGCCAAUGCGCUGCUGAUCCGCGAGGUGGACGUGGAGAAGGUGACGACGUUCGAUCAGCGCUACGUGGCGGCCAUCAAGACGCUGUGGAGCGACCCGGGCAUCCAGGAGUGCUACGACCGGCGCCGCGAGUACCAGCUCUCGGACUCGGCCAAGUACUACCUGACGGACGUGGACCGCAUCGCCACCUCGGGUUACCUGCCCACCCAGCAGGACGUGCUGCGGGUGCGUGUGCCCACCACGGGCAUCAUCGAGUACCCCUUCGACCUGGAGAACAUCAUCUUCAGGAUGGUGGACGUCGGGGGGCAGCGCUCGGAGCGCCGGAAGUGGAUCCACUGCUUCGAGAACGUCACGUCUAUUAUGUUCCUCGUGGCCCUCAGCGAGUACGAUCAGGUGCUGGUGGAGUCGGACAAUGAGAACCGCAUGGAGGAGAGCAAGGCGCUGUUUCGCACCAUCAUCACCUACCCCUGGUUCCACAACUCCUCCGUUAUCCUCUUCCUCAACAAGAAGGACCUGCUGGAGGACAAGGUGCUGCACUCGCACCUGGUCGACUACUUCCCCGAGUUCGACGGGCCCCAACGGGACGCGCAGGCCGCCCGCGAGUUCAUCCUGAAGAUGUUCGUGGACCUGAACCCCGACAGCGACAAGAUCAUCUACUCGCACUUCACCUGCGCCACCGACACGGAGAACAUCCGCUUCGUGUUCGCGGCCGUGAAGGACACCAUCCUGCAGCUCAACCUCAAGGAGUACAACCUGGUGUGACGCCACGCGCCGCCGCUUUUCUACAAAACAAAAAGGAAAAAAAAAUCAGCGAGGAGGAGGAGGAGGAGGAGGGGAGGAGGGGAGAGGCCUGCGCCCCGCCGGCCCGGACUGGGAUGUUGGGCCUGUUUUUUUUUUUAAGUUAUUGGCGAUCACACCGCGGUUUGUUCACGGACUCCAAGAAGCGCAGGUGGGGGGCGCCCCGCUGCCCGCCCCGGGAAGUGCCUAACUAUUUUUUUCUUUUGAGGAAAAAAGAUCCGAGAAAUUCUCCCUCCCCCAGUCGGCGCCCCCCCCCCACCCCGCGGCCUCGCCCUCCCCCCACCGCCCCUCUCCUGCCGUGCCCGACUCCCACCCCUCAGGCACAGUGCUCGGGGGCCACGGCUGGCCAGCUCGGCGCUGGGCUGGGGGGCCCCUGGGGACGGCGCCCGCCCCCCUCGGCAUGACCCCCCGGGGGACCGAGAAGGCCAACGGAGCCCCGAGCCUGGGGCCGCGCCUCUGCUUGUUUCUGUGACCAAUUUGGGGGGCCGUGGCAGAAUAUUCUCAGGUUUGUCUCCCGGGGGCGGGGGGGUGAUGUGAGGAAGAGGUCCCCGGUGCAGGCGGGUUCCCGCGCACAGGGUGCCCAUCCCUCACCCCCCACCCCCCCUAGCACGGCGCAUGCACCCGCACUUUGCCCCCCGCAGUCCGGGACCCGGCGACGGCCGGAUGGAGCCACACUACAAGUAUAGACGCACUACAGUGUUUCGGGGCGCCGUGGGGCUCAGGGUGCUGUUCCUUUGCGCGAACGCAGCGGAACCCCCAGCCCCCGGGGUAGCCCCCCACCCCCGCCAACAGAUGCAGAGGAAAGGCGGGGAACAUGAAAGCGACCCUCGGGGCCAGCGUUGACACCCCCGCACCCCCCCCCCCGCCCCGAGGCCCCCCAUCUCCCCAGCUUCCCUGGGGUCCCUUGGAAGGCCCCCGACUGUGCCAUGUGUCCCCCUUGGGAGCCCGCGUGCCACGCGCCAAAGCGUCCCCCACUGAGGGCACCUGGGGGUCCCCCGCCCCAGUCCACCAGGAGACAGGCGUUGGCGCCUGCGCGCGGGGGUGGGGCGCCCGCAGUAUUAACUUCCCAGGAGCGCGUGCCAAGGCCCGGCCCGCCAGGCCCUGUGGUCGCCGGACACCUGUGCCAGUGCCCCUCGGGGUUCCCCGGGUCGGAGUCGUCAUGGGGGGGCUUGGCCUCCGCAACCCCACCCUCCAACCGCAUGUACAAAAUUCCAUUUUUCACCCAAAGCGGGGGGGGGGGGGAGUGCCACCUCCGCCCCACCUGCACCCCAGUGUCACUGCGCCCCUGCCCGGGGCUCUGCUAGUGCCAAGGCCGCCCCCAUCCUUCACCCCUGCUUGGCAGGGAGUGGGCGGGGCUACAGCAGGCCCCGCCCCUUGUACAAUGACACCGCGCUGUGUUCCAGACUGAUUUCAUGAUCCUUAAAGUAUUUAAAAGACUUCUAUAAAAAACAAAAAUGCUCUUUUUAAAAUCUUUUCUCUCCUUUGAAAUGCAUGUCUGGUCACGCGCGCGUGAUGGCGGGGCCGAGGCCACCCCAGGGGGCCCAGCUGCGUCCCCCUCCGCGCCGGUCGGGGCUCUGACCCCCUAAUCCAGAGACACUACAAAAAUCAAUUUUUUCAUAUAUUUCUCCUUGAAAUGAAUUGUUUUAAAUUGGAAUAAAUUUUGUUCCUAAA